AACAACAUGGCCGAUGAAAGGCCCACAGUUCUUGUCACUGGCUUUGGCCCUUUUGGCUUGCAUCAAAUCAACACAAGUUGGGCUGCUGUCCAGGAGCUACCAAACACUGACCUUGCACAGGAGGUCAAUCUGGUGAUAAAGGAGAUUCCUGUGGAGUACAUGGCAGUAGAUGAGCAGGUUCCUUCAUUGUGGAAUGAGGUCAAGCCAAAGCUCUGUGUACAUGUUGGUGUUCAUGGCCUUGCAGACAGCAUUCAGCUGGAGAUGUGUGGUCAUAACCAUGGUUAUAAUAGGCCAGAUGAGUCUGGUAAAAAGUGUGCCCAAGGCUGCUGUGUUGAUGGAGGAAGUGAAUGCUUGUUCACUUCUCUAGAUCUGGAUAGAGUGUGUUCUGAAGUGAUGACAGCUAAGAGCCCUUGUCUUGUAGGUACUUCAGAUGAUGCUGGAAGGUUUCUGUGUGAUUAUACUUAUUACAAAUCACUGCACCUUGGACAAGGCCGAGGCACCGUAGCAUUCGUUCAUGUCCCACGUGUAGACUCGCCAUAUAGCAUAGAAGAACUGGUGGUCUCUCUAAGACUCAUCAUCUUAGCAAUGCUAAAACAACUCAACUAGUGAAAUUGCCCUUUUGAAUUUACUGAGGAGUUGGGGGGAGAGGGGAGGGGGGGGGCAACUGUCACAGAUAUUAUCUCUGUAGAAUAGAAAGGUCACCUUUGCCUGGAACUAAAACAAAGUACCAGGAAUUGUUUUCCUGCAUAAGGUACAUUGUAAAUUGAAGGAGACCAGCUG